GAGGGAAUGAUAGACUAUAAUUAAUAUAUCCUCUCCUAUUAAAACCUAUCCCGCACCUGAGGCGUUUUCUCUCUUUUAAAACGAAUCAAAACCGCAGGAACCCCGCAAGAAAAUCCCCUCUUUCCUGCCCGCCGCCGAGGGAGGAGGGGAAUCAGGCGAAAAUGCCUCUCAAGACUGAAAACCGAAAGCAACUUUCGCAAUCACGUGGCACCGCGGAGAAGGGUGAAGAGGCUCUGUUUUGCGGCUCGCAGGAGAGGAGGAACUAGUUUGGACGCGGGUCUUGGAACAAAAGCGAUCCUGACAGGUUUCAUUGUGACAUCCUCCCCUUUACUCUCCUGCUCCCACAGUUUCCCCCAUGGGUACUCAGAGACCUCUCAUCGUGCCCUGGCUAAUGGAACAGUUGGACGCCCGGCGGUACCCGGGGCUGUCAUGGCAGAACCCAGAACGGACCCUGUUCCGAGUGCCGUGGAAACAUGGCUCACGGCAGAGUAUUUGCUGCGAGGAUUUCCAGCUCUUUGAGGACUGGGCCAUUGCCAGAGGCCGCUAUCGCCCAGGCAUUGACCAGCGGACGCCCUCCGAGUGGAAAAGGAACUUCCGCUCAGCCCUGAACCGGAAGGAGGAGAUCCGCAUGUUUCAGGAUAACAGUACAGACUCCGAAGACCCCCACAAGGUGUUUGAAAUCCUGCAUGGCACAAAUCUGAAUGACUCUGCCCAGGGGGCAGCAGUCGGUGACAUUUCGCCUACCGUGUCUGGGAGCACGGGACAGUCUGGAGACAGUUCCUCCUCUUCCCAGGGCGAUAUGAUGAGUUCCCUGGAAUUUUGCAGCCCGUCAGAAGGAGCAGAGAAUCUAGCUUGCACUGGAGGCCUGGCCCCAUUCAGCUUGGAUAUGAAUCUCCCUGCAAUGGCAGAGCCACAGCUGGAUCAGAUACUGGGAGCUGAUAUGUUUGCACUAGGAGCAGAGAAUCUCGCUUUCUGUGGAAGCCUGCCCCCACCCGAGUUGAAUCUAGUUCCAUCCGCAACUGCAGCAUCUCCUCUGCAGGACCUCUUGAGUAGCGAGACUUUCGAGUCAGAUUUUGAGGUCCGAGCCUACUAUCGGGGUCGGCUGGUCCUCGCCGAAAUCUUCACGAACGUGCGAGGCCUGUGCUUUGUGCCUCCAGGCUCCCAGGGCCGCUACCCCGAUUUGGCGGACGUGGUCCUGCCCGACCCAGCCUGCUUGACGGACAGUCUGCAAGCGACCUACACUCAGCGCCUUCUGCGAGGCGUGGCUCCGGGGGUGCUUCUCCGUAUCGAGGGUAUGGCUUUGUGUGGCAUGCGCCGAGGCCAUUGCCAUGUGUCCUGGAGCCAGUCGGAGAUGCCUGAAGACAAGACGCCUCACGGGGUUCUACUGAAGGAACAGUUGGGUCCCAUUUACAACCUGCAGCAGUUUGUGCAAGACCUGAUUGGAUAUAUGGAAGGCAGACAGGGAUCUCCUAAUUACACCUUGUGGUUAUGCUUUGGGGAAGAUUGGCCAGACACCGGCCGGCCCUGGAAGAAAAAACUGCUCAUGGUGGAAGUCAUCCCUAAGACGCUGGAAGCUUUCUACGAGUUGAGCCAGUCCAACGGGGCCUCAUCAUUAAAAGGAACAGAGCGGGACCUAAGGAUAUCGGAUUCGCUGCAGGGAUCCUUUCUGGACCAACUGAGAGAAUGGGGAGAGAAGAUGGAGAUGCAGUUUAAUUAGCCGCACAAAACUUUUAUCCCCUCCUUUCAGAGAUAGCUGCAGACUAGGUCCUCUUCCUCAGACAGCUUUUGGUGUUUCUCUUAUUGCAGCAGAAUCAAGACUCCUGAGAAAGGGGCAUGCUGGCAUCUCCCUUUCGUGGAGAUGGUCACUGCUCACUUGCACAAACCCUUCCACUGAGACAGCUUACAGCCGCUGUCGGUUUCUAUUAGCAUCCUUGUAUGCAGAGAAUAUUCAAGAGUUUGGGGGGUGGGUGGGUUCGUUUGGUUUUAUUGCUUCAUCUGUUCUUGUCCAUAUCGUUUGCUGGGUUCGUCGAAGGCGUCACAACCACAAUCAGCAGCUGAACAUGGUGAAACCGCUCCUCUUUAACUAGGUCUUUGGCUGUUAAACACACUCUGGCUUUUAAAAUGUGAGGCUUUUUUCUUUAUUAUGUUACGCACUGUGUGUUUUUAUGUUGUAAACCACCCUGUGAUCUUUAGGUGAAAGCCGGUACAGUGGUACCUCUGGUUAAGAACUUAAUUAGUUCUGGAGGUCCAUUCUUGACCUGAAACUGUUCUUAACCCGAGGUACCACUUUAGCUAAUGGGGCCUUCCGCUGCCGCGCAAUUUCUGUUCUCAUCCUGGAGCAAAGUUCUUAACCUGAGGUGCUAUUUCUGGGUUAGCGGAGUCUGUAACCUGAAGCGUCUGUAACCUGAGAUACCACUGUAUAUAAAUUUAAGAAAUAAUAAUAAUGGCAAAAACUGGAUUUAUCAUCUCUGAGUGUCCCAAUUAUGCUUAAUAUUUAACAUUACUUUUUACUGCUUCUUGUUUGUAAUCUUAGUGUGUGUUUUUUUAACCUCACUUUUUAAUCCACAGUAAUUCUGAUGCAGGCUUGCUGUUUUUCUUAAAAACCAUUAGACGUAUCCAGUCCUUUCUUUUGACAGUGCUAAGACCGUAGCAAUUUUUUGCCAAUUCUCACCCCGUUUGCUCUAAUCGGUCUCCUUCCCUUUUUCUUAUUUCAGUCCUCAGCUCUGGUAAUCAUCUUGUUAUCUAUAAACUUAUUUUAAAGUCUC